CAUAUGUGUGUCUUUGUCUCGUGAGGGACUUUAGACCACUUGCUGCAUGUCAGUCUGGCUCAUGUUAUACAGUAAGUUCAACACCACCACCAUGCCUUACCGGGAACACGUAGUAUUUUUGUUGUUUGCAGUUUUCUCCGGGUCGUGGACCGGUCAGACUGUUGCCGGUUUGGACUCCUCGUACAUCGCAGCUGUAUUCGAGCACCGGGUGAUCCUGAACCCGGAGCCCCAUGUGCCCCUGUCCCGUCACCAUGCCCUGCAACACCUGCAGAAAAACCUGGAUGUGUAUGAGGAGCAGGCAGCCAGGGCAGCCCAGCAGGGUGCCCAGAUCCUGGUGUUUCCAGAAGAUGGUCUCCAGGGAUUCAACUUCACCCGUACAUCCAUCUCUGGCUACUUAGAGACUAUUCCUGACCCACAGCAGGAGUCCUGGAACCCCUGUAUGGAGCCAGACAAGCACAAAAACACUGAGGUGCUCCAAAGGUUGAGCUGCAUGGCUCGUCGGUUCAACCUCUACCUGGUCGCCAACAUGGCUGACAUGCAGCCCUGCUCUGGGAAGACCCACCCCUCUUCCUCCUGUCCCCCUGAUGGACGCUGGCAGUUCAACACUAAUGUGGUUUUCAGCUCAGACGGUCUGCUGGUGGCUCGCUAUUACAAACAGAACCUCUACUUCGAGAACGCUUUUGACGCACCACCACGAGAGACGAUCACAUUCGAUACGCCGUUCGCCGGGAAGUUCGGUCUCAUCACCUGCUUCGACAUCCUGUUCCACAAGCCCACGGUCACACUGGUGGAGAAGGGUGUACGUCAGCUGAUCUUCCCAACUGCGUGGAUGAACCAGCUCCCCCUGCUGGACACCAUCCAGUUCCAGCGGGCCUUCAGCCUCGGGGCCAAUGUCACCGUACUGGCUGCAAACAUUCGAAACGAUUUUCUGAUCAUGACAGGAAGUGGUAUCUACACUCCGUUUUCUGCCGUGUAUCACCAUGCACAGAGAGGCGACCCGGAGGAGGGCAGGCUGCUGGUGGCCCGGGUACCUAUCCUGGAACCCCUGGAGGAGGAUCAGAAGGAAGAUCCAGAGGGUCCAGAUUCUGGAUACUGUGACAAAGACAGCUGUCCUGGUUCUGCUCGUCCAGACCCCAGCUCCUCCAGCUCCUCUAGCUCCUCCAGCUCCUCCAGCUCCUCCAGCUCCUCCAGCUCCUUCAUCUCAUCCAUGAUGUACGACCCGUUCAUGUUUGAGCUGCUGUCACUCACAGAAGGAGAGCUGAGUGUGUGUGACGGUGGGUUCUGCUGUCACCUGAAGUAUCGGCGGUCCCAGGGUGGGAACGGCUCAGAGCUCUACGCACUGGGAGCAUUCGCUGGGACACACGUCGUCAACGGACGCUAUGCCCUGCAGGUGUGUGCACUAGUUAAAUGUGCAGGAUCAGAGGCCAGUUCCUGCGGACAGGAAGUGGAAGAGGCCGAGUCUAAAAUGGACUUCCUCCUAGAGGGGACGUUUGGGACUCAAUAUGUGUACCCCUCGGUUCUGGUGAGUCGUCUGGUUCUGGAGCAGCCAGAUGAAGUGGAGAGAAGUGCAGGAGGCAGAGUGGCCAUGAAACACUCCAACAUGAUGGCCGGCCUCAUCACCGCCUGCCUUUACGGUCGCAUGUAUCACCUGGAUGAUGAAGGAACGAACUGCAGAGAGUGAUGCUUCUAAACACACGCGCCGCAAAGAAUCAAAAACAAAUAUCUUUAUUCAUUCAUUAUUUUCGUCUUUACAAACAUUGCACCAAGUAGCGUUCAUCCCCUGCCUGAAAGUCGCUUGUUCCUAAAAAGGCAAUAUUUAUCAAUGUCUCUUACUCACACACUCAAGCACACACACCUGUCAUCUGUCUUUCACACGUAUACACAGUGUCAGCCACGUUUCCCUGUCUCCAGUACAGUACACAGACAUCACAUAGUUACAGCAUUGCAAGUUAAAAUGUCCUCGGGGUGUCCACCAUUCGUACAGUCGUCGGCUCUUACAUCCACCUGCUGUCAGGACUGGCUCCCGAGGAUUUCCAUUCUGCGUAAAUUCAUAGGAUUCAAUCAUGAUUUCCUCUCGAAGGAGCUGAAAUGUGGUUGGAAGUAACAUCUUAAACUCAAAAGCAGAGUUAGGGAAAACAGUUCAUCACCUGGUCCCAUUGGAUUGUCCCUUUGAUUUUUAACCCCCCCCCCCCCCCCCCCCCAUGUUGACAAUCAUGCUCAAAAAGCCUUCGGACUCCUCUUCAGUACUGUCUGUAGAUACUUUUCAAGUAAUAGUAAAAAGGAAAAACUGUGAAAAGGCUUAAAACCACUCCAGAAAAUAUCUGCAAACAAGAGGUGCUUAAUUUAAAAGAAAUGCAACUUUGCUCAAAAUGUACAAAGACACUGGUCAUUUACGGACCGUACAGUGAUGCUGUCUGAGAGAAAUGUAGUUUAUAGUCUCUUUGUAGUUUUAUAGUUUCCCUGUGGGUGUGCACCUUUUAGGAAAUAAACAUCUGGUCUACCA